AUGGGGGCACGGGUCCCUCCUGGGACGAUCCCGCGCGUGCACCGCGUGGGCGCAACCAGCGCCAGACACCCAGACCCCCACUUCCCGCCAGGUGGCCCCCGGCCCCGGCAACCUCCACGCCGCAGCCCGAGCGGGAAACAGCAGAGCUGGAACAAAACGCCCGGGACCUUGUGGCCGAGUCCACCGCCGGAGGGGCCCCGCCCCCGCUGCGUGCGCACGUCGGACCGCCCUCGCGCAGCCCACUUGGCUGCGGCGGCCGCGGCACUUCAGGGAGUCGCUGGCGGACGCUUGAGCGCGGCGACUGACGGACGGCCGAGCGGACAGGAGGCCGGUGAGUGGGCCGCGCCUUCCGCGGCCCUUCUCUGGGCUCCUCGGCGAGUCCGUCCGGCCGGGGUCUUUGGGAGCUGGGUCGGGCGGGCGGCGGCGCGCUGGGGCCCUGGCGCCGGCCUGAGGGAAACCCGGCGGGCCGGGGCUGGGGGCGGCCGGAAACGGGAUGAGCGGGGAGGGGGCCGAGCUGAAGAUACCCGCUUCCUACGCGCCGCUUCGGCGGGCCCGCGAGGCCAGAGCAGCCGGUCCGCGUUGGGCCUCCUUGGGCCCAGCGCCUCGCGGAGUCACGAGUGCGCUGGGCGAGGUGACCCCGGGGACGCCGCGUGCCGUCUUGGCGUUCUUGGCGCGGGGUUGCAGCCUCCCGCCGCGGUGGGCCCGCCGGGACCCCCGCCUGCCCCCAGCGCUGCUGAGUUCGCGUUCGCGGUUCUCUGA